AUGCCAGCAGCUUCAACAUCCACGUCGAAGAAGAUGGCUUCGUUGAAGUCGCUUCUUUCGAAACUGAAGGGUCUGCACGCUUCCUUCAACAACAUCGCGGAGUUUGUGUCAGAGUAUCGCGAGGACACAAGUGCGAGCCAGGUGUCGGUUCGUUUGGAACGAUUGGCAGAAAUAUGGGACAAAGUGAGCGACGUGGUUUGUGAGGUGGAAGCUCACGAGGAAUUUUCCUCGGAGGGAGAUGCUUUUGCGAAGGAACGAAUUGAUUUCGAAAAUCGUUAUUUCGAUAUUAAAUCGUUCUUAAUGGAUAAGGCACGGGAUUUGCAGGACCCUCCGGUUUUGGACCAAUCAACGAGGCAAGCCGAUACCUCCAUACAAGGAUCAUUGGACCAUGUUCGACUACCGCAAAUUAAAUUGCAAACGUUUGGUGGUGACAUCGAUGAAUGGCUUAGCUUCAGGGAUCUCUUCACGUCAUUAAUUCACUGGAAAACGGAACUUCCAGAAGUGGAAAAAUUCCACUAUCUGAAGGGAUGCCUUGAAGGCGAGGCAAAGGCUCUGAUCGAUCCAAUUAAGAUCACGAGGGGAAAUUAUGUGAUUGCUUGGGAAAUGCUACUCAAGCGAUACAAUAAUAGCAAAUUGCUGAAGAAACGUCAGGUUGAAUCGCUGUUUAAACUUCCUACAGUUUCAAAGGAAUCGGCUGUCGAGUUACACAAUCUUUUGGAUGGAUUUGAAAGGAUCAUACACACUCUGGAUCAAAUAGUACAACCUGUGGAUUAUAAGGACCUACUACUAAUAAAUGUGCUGUGCUCACGGUUAGACCCACACACGCGGCGAGGCUGGGAAGAACACUCGUCGACCAAGGAACAGGACACAUUGAAAGACUUGACAGAAUUCCUGCAACGUCGUAUCAGAAUACUGGAAUCUCUUCCAACGAAAUCUACGGAGCAUAAACGAGAGUCAUCACCGAUUAAAAGGAAGCAACCACCAUUUCGAGUUAGCCAUAAUGCAGUGCAAUCAUCAUCGGUUGGAAGGUGUGCUGCCUGUCCAGAAAACCAUUGGCUGUACACCUGUCCAGUCUUUCAGCGCAUGGCGGUAGCAAACAGAGAAUCACUGCUUCGUUCUCAGUCUCUCUGUCGCAACUGCUUCAAACGGGGCCAUCAAGCCAAAGACUGUUCGUCAAAAUACUCUUGUCGGAAAUGUAAAGGCCGACAUCACACGAUGGUAUGCUUUAAGGCGGAUGGGGAAGGCAGUUCCCGGGAUCAAGCAAAUGAAACUGGUGCAUCUACAAGCAACAAACCAUCAACAUCCGCUCCAAGUACAAAUACGAGGGUAGCAAAUGUGGCUGCUACCGAAACCGUUGCAUCAAACUUCGCUCAGAAGAGAACAUCCAAUGUACUUCUUGCUACGGCUGUAGUCAUUAUCGAAGACGACGGGGGAGCUCGCUACCCAGCGCGAGCGUUACUUGAUUCCGGUUCGGAAUGCAAUUUUAUCUCGGAAAGGCUAUGUCAACGGUUGAAUGUGUCAAGAGAGAAAGUGGACAUUUCUGUCCUAGGCGUUGGCCAUGCGUCAACUCAGGUUAACCAACAAUUUCAAGCGACAAUCAAAUCUCGAAUCUCGUCAUUUUCGCGCAAAAUGAGCUUUCUUGUUUUGCCAAGGGUUACGGUCAAUCUACCUACAGUAACAGUGCAAAUAUCGGGAUGGGAGAUCCCAGAUGGAAUCGAUCUAGCAGAUCCCACUUUCUUCCAAUCAAAAGGUGUGGAUUUAGUGCUAGGCAUUCAGGCAUUCUUUAGCUUCUUCAAGAAAGGCAAUGAAUUAUCGCUGGGCGAUGGUUUACCACUACUUACCGAGUCGGUUUUCGGUUGGGUGGUUGCCGGAGAAGUAGAUUCUACUAGAAAGACCACACGCAUAGUAUGUAACAUGGCGGUAUCUGACACUUUGGAGAAGUUAAUGGAGCGGUUUUGGUCCUGCGAGGAAGUGGGAAGCGGCAAAAUUUACUCUCCAGAGGAGGCGCGCUGUGAGGAGCAGUUUGGGCGCACUAUUCACCGAGAAUCAAACGGUCGGUACACAGUAACACUUCCCAAGAACGAGGCGGUCUUGGAACGGUUAGGGUCAUCAAAGGAUAUCGCCAUGAAACGCUUUCAAGGACUGGAAAGAAGGCUUUCCAGGGACGAUGAACUUCGCCGACAAUACGAGGAUUUCAUGACAGAAUACCUUCAGCUUGGACACAUGCGAAGGCUGGACGAUUCCCAGGAAGACAAGGUCAAACGAUGUUACUUACCGCAUCAUCCUGUAGUGAAAGAGUCCAGUACCACGACUAAGGUGAGAGUGGUCUUCGAUGCUUCAUGCAAAACGUCAACUGGAAUUUCGCUAAAUGAUGCGUUACUCGUCGGACCAAUCGUGCAGCAAGAUCUUCGCGCAAUCAUACUACGUUGUCGAACUCGCCAGGUAAUGGUUGUCGCAGAUGUCGAAAAAAUGUUUCGGCAGAUUAAUAUGGAUCAGGCAGAUGUACCCUUACAGAGCAUCUUGUGGAGGUUUUCCCAUGAAGAAGUGGUUAAUACGUUCGAGCUUACGACGGUCACCUACGGCACAAAACCAGCACCGUUUCUAGCCACGCGGACACUCAAACAGCUGGCAUUUGACGAACAAGGUCGAUUUCCUCUGGCAGCACAAGCAGCAGAUGAAGACAUCUACAUGGACGAUGUAAUAUCUGGGGCUGAUGACAUCGAAACCGCUAUGCAGCUCAGGAUGCAAUUCGAUGCAAUGAUGUUGAGCGGUGGAUUCAGACUGCGAAAAUGGGUUUCCAACUGCGAAAGGGUCUUAGAAGGAAUACCGAAGGAAAAUCGAGCACUACCAGGGGCGGACGAAAUUACUUGGGAUAAAGAUGAUACAGUUAAAACACUUGGGUUAUCAUGGCUGCCCAAAACGGAUUGCCUGAAAUUUCAAUUUACUAUACCUACACUUACACCAAAUCAAUCUCUAACCAAGCGCAUGAUUCUGUCUAUCAUCGCAUCACUCUUCGACCCCUUGGGGAUCUUGGGGGCAACCAUCGUAACGGCCAAGAUUUAUAUGCAACAACUGUGGAACUAUCGUAACAAAGAUGGGCAACGUUUGGAAUGGGACGAAUCUAUACCUACAACGGUAGGUGAGGAGUGGCGAAGAUAUCAGCUACAACUGCCUUCGCUAAAUUUGCUUCGGAUUCCACGAUGUGCGGUCGCACCGGAAAGCAUAGAUAUCGAGAUCCAUUGUUUCUCAGACGCCUCUGAGAAGGCGUAUGGAGCUUGCUUAUACCUUCGCAGUAGGGAUACCAACGGAAGAAUUACAGUCCAGCUUUUAACUUCGAAAUCGAAGGUAGCACCAUUAAAGGUUCAAACGUUACCGAGACUGGAGUUGUGUGGCGCUCUACUAGCGGCGCAGCUUGUGGAGAAAGUUUCGGAUGCAGUGAAGGGUAUCAGCAAGGUUCAUUUCUGGACCGACUCAACGUGUGUUCUUCAGUGGCUGAAAGCAGAAUCACCAAAUGUUUGGAGUAGUUUUGUGGCAAAUCGUGUAUCAAAAAUUCAGGCUAUUUCGGAAAAUCAUUCUUGGCAUCACGUCCCAGGUAUCUGCAAUCCCGCAGAUCUAAUAUCGCGUGGUAUUCUACCGAAUGCAGUAGAAGGAAACAGUUUGUGGUGGGAGGGCCCAGACUGGUUACAGGAGAAAGCUGAUAAAUGGCCCAGUCAGCCGAAUAUUAAUUAUACUGACGCACCAGAAAUGCGACGAAGUACAGUAACCGUUAUCGCAACUAAACUGCCAACAUUCACAACAAGCUUCAUUGUAAAAUUCUCAUCCUACAGUCAGCUCAUCCGGGCCACUGCUUAUUGGUUACGGUUAAUUGCUAUCUUACAGCACAAGGAAAGCGGUAAGAGAAAGGGAUUUCUCAGUACAAACGAGCUGCGAGAAGCGGAAACUGUAAUACUACGGAAGGUACAGCAGGAAUCAUUUGGAGAUGAACUGAAUGCUCUGAAAGGUGGAAAAUUUGUUUCUCGUGGUUCCUCGCUUCGAUGGUUCAUCCCAGCUAUAGGAGAAGAUGGUAUUCUGCGGGUAGGUGGCAGGUUAAGUCACUCUCAGGAAUCGUUUGAUACAAAACACCCAAUUAUUAUGCCAGCCAGACAUUUAUUGACGGCGAUGCUAUUUAAACACUACCAUGAGAAACUGCUACACGCAGGAACUCAAUUGCUAUUGAGUACAGUACGGUUACGGUAUUGGCCUUUGGGUGGCAGAAAUGUGGCCAGAAAGAUAGUUCACCAAUGUCUUCGAUGCUUCAGAGCCAAACCGUCGGCCAUCAAGCAGCAAAUGGGUGAACUGCCAGCUGCUCGGGUUACAGUUUGCAAGGCGUUUUCAAAAACCGGAGUGGAUUAUUUCGGACCGGUGUACAUUCGGGAUGGCAGACGUCGACCCACGAUCAAGGCAUACGUAGCGGUUUUUGUAUGUAUGAGCACGAAGGCAGUACAUUUGGAACUGGUUACUGACCUGUCUACAGAACGCUUUCUUCAGGCGCUGCGGCGCUUUAUUUCUAGACGGGGCUUAUGUACAGAUGUGUAUUCCGACAAUGGAACAAAUUUUGUUGGUGCCAGAAAUCAAUUAAAAGAACUGUUUACGCUGCUGAAAAAUAAGAAGCAUCAUGAAAUGGUUUCAAAGGAGUGCGCCAAGGAUGGCAUUCAGUGGCAUUUCAACCCACCAGGUGCCCCACACUUCGGAGGCUUGUGGGAAGCCGCUGUACGUUCAGCUAAAUUUCACCUACUUCGAGUGCUCGGGGAAAACUCUACGUCGUACGAAGACUUCAACACACUGUUGAUCCAGGUAGAAGGUUGUCUAAAUUCUCGGCCUUUGACGCCUAUGUCGGAUGAUCCAACAGACCUAGAACCGUUGACACCGGGUCACUUUCUAACCGGAGGAUCCUUGCAAGCUAUUCCUGAGCUUGACUACAAUGAUGUACAACUAAAUCGGUUGAACCGAUGGCAGCUAGUUCAACGUCAGCUUCAGGAUUUCUGGAGGCGUUGGCGGCGAGAAUAUUUAUCACAACUACAAGGCAGAACUAAAAAUUGGGAACCACCAGUGAAGGUAGAGACCGGCCAAUUGGUGACUAUUGUAGACGGAAACCAACCUGCAAUGCGCUGGAAGAUGGGUCGAAUUCACGAGUUGCAUCCAGGAGAUGAUAACGUGGUACGAGUGGCCACCGUAAAAACAGCAUCUGGAUUCCUUCGUCGACCAGUAGCGAAGCUGUGCAUCCUUCCAACACAAGAAACACCAAGUUCAUCAGCUACAGCAAACAACUCACUCAACUAG